AGUACCUCUAAACAGGAGCUCUUAGAAAGCUCAAUAAGCCACCAUCAUCCGUCGCCUACCGUCAUCAACAAAAUAAACCCCCCGGAUCGUCGAUACAACAAUUAGAACACCGUCGCAAUGAGUCUAUACUAUGGAGUGGGCGGAAUUGGGUCGUUCCUGACCAUCGUUGGAGGCUAUAUGCUCUUCACGGGCAGCGGUGAGUCCUUCGAUGUCGGCGCGUUCCUCGAGGCCGUUUCGCCUUAUACCUGGGCUACACUGGGCAUCGCCUUUUGUAUUGGUCUCUCUGUUGUUGGCGCUGCAUGGGGCAUCUUCAUUACCGGCUCAUCGAUUCUCGGUGGUGGUGUCAAGGCACCCCGUAUUCGAACCAAGAACUUGAUCUCCAUUAUCUUCUGUGAGGUCGUCGCCAUCUACGGCGUCAUCAUGGCCAUCGUCUUUUCCCAAAAGGUCGAGAACGUUUCAGGCGCCGAUCUCUACGCCGCCGAAUCUUACUACACUGGAUAUGCCCUCUUCUGGUCUGGUAUCACUGUCGGCAUGUGCAACCUCAUCUGCGGUGUCGCUGUUGGUAUCAACGGAAGUGGUGCUGCUCUGGCUGAUGCUGCCGAUCCCUCUCUCUUCGUCAAGAUUCUGGUCAUUGAGAUCUUCAGCUCAGUACUCGGCCUGUUCGGUCUUAUCAUUGGCCUCCUGGUUUCCAGCAAGGCCCCUGCCUUUGGCGAGAAGAAAUAAACCCAUCACCCACAAUAGAGAUCCAUCGAGUCCGGCAGCCUUGCUGUCGGCAUCAACACUUGUGUGUUCCAAAAGAGACGGAGCGCGUGUAUGCAUUGCGCCAAUAAUACUUGGUCAGGCGUUCGGAAGAUUGGCUCGGGAGGACGUGUUUUGGCUGUAUCAGUAUCAGUACCAGUAUCAUUUGAAGACGAAGGUGUAUAUCACGACGUGGGAUUUGAAUUGUAUGUUACUCAAGAUUAGGAUGUCAUCAAGGCCUCUGCAUUGUAUGAUUUGAUCGAUUGCAAGUUGUUAUGACAGCGAAUACCUAGUUUGCGCCUUUCCGACCUUUUGUCAUCGUUGAUGUUUUAAGCAGCUUGGACAGCAUUCAAUAGUAGGACCUCGAC